UAAUAGGCGCAAAUCAACUGGAAGAGUGAGAAAACACCGUUAUUUGAAGAAAGCCGAGUCUGAAUGGAUGAAUAAUUUAUGUAUAAGUGGUGAUGAUCUAUCGGAAAAACGUGUAUUGUUUGAGUUUAGUGAAGAACACGAAAGUGAAUGGGUUGAUGUAGAAGGGUUUAACCUCGAAGAGGAUGCCAACCACGACCAACAAAAUAUGAGCGGGAAUUCUUCGUUACAUGCCCGUGAUGUUGGAAGCUUUUCAGAGGAAUUAGGUGCACAUUUCGAUUUCGAGGAGAAUCACAAAAUCCAAUGAAGAAACACAGAAAAGUCGGUAAUUGAUAGUGAACCAGACGUGGUAUCUCCAGAACCCCCAACUUUCCUGCUAAGAGUGCGCCAAUGGGCAAUCGACAAUAUCGCUUCAAUGAAAUUGAAAUGUGUGACCGAAAUAUUGACACUAUUCAGAAGUCUGGUUCACACAAAUCUACCAAAAACAGCCCAUAAAUUACUAGGAUUUCAACAUAGAAUAAAAAUUAAAAACCUAGUUACUCUCAAAGAUGGUGUGGGUCAAUACGUUUACCUGGGUAUCAGAAAUGGUUUGUAUAAACGAAUGGAUCCAGCAGUUUAUCAGGAAAAAAUUAUUCGUGUUGUUGUACAUAUUGAUGGCAUCAAAGUUUUUAACCACUCGAACGAUCAAAUGUGGCCCAUAGCAAUGAAGAUUUUACAUCCGCAGUAUACUGUAACUCCCUUCAUAGUGGCAUUAUUCAAUGGGAAAUCAAAGCCAAAGAAUGUGGGAGAGUUUUUGUAAGAUUUCGUUUAUGAGACUAAAAAUUUGGUAAGAGACGGUAUUGACAUUGGUGAGAAAAAAUAUGGAUUUCAUAUAUCUGCCAUCAUCGCUGACAGUCCAGCGAGGGCGUUCCUCAAAUGCGUUAAAGGUGCUACAGCUUUCUUUGGAUGUGAGAGAUGCACGAUUAAAGGUGUAACAGUAAAUAAAAAACGAAUUUAUCCGGAGAUGGAGUAUUCUUUACGAACUAAUGACACAUUCAGGGAGCAAACUCAACCAGAACACCAUUUGACGGAUAAAGUGACAAAACAGCCGCUUGAAUCGCCUCUUGUAAAAAUCCCUGGAUUUGAUCUAGUGAGGCAGGUUCCUCUUGAUAGUAUGCAUUUACUCUUCUUAAAUGUUAUGAAAAAUUUGGGGGAGAAGUGGGUCGUUAGAGAGAAAAAUAUUCACAAAUUAUCGACGGACCAGGUUGCUGUUUUCAAGAGAUUGAUGGACUCUAUUACGCCCUUUGUGCCAGAAGAAUUUCAACGAAAAAAAUUUGAUGUGCAAGAUAUAUCCCACUGGAAAGCUACGCAGUAUGCGUUCCUAUUGUUAUAUGUGGGUGGAGUUGUCCUGCAACAUGUUCUGGAUGAGGAGCGCUAUCAACACUUUCUGCUGCUGUCUAUAGCAUGCCGCAUUAUUUGCAAUAAUACCUGGAUAAAAAGACAUUGUGCAAUUACCAAAAAAUUAUUUAGAGAUUUUUUUCAAUUAUUACCAUAUUAUUAUGGGGAGGACUCGCAAACAAUGACAUUUCAUCUUCUACUUCAUAUCUGUGAUGAUACUGAAUAUUUUUAGUCUGCUCUUUAUGACUAUUCGGCGUUCUGGGGCGAAAACUAUAUAGGGCAAUUGAAAAAAUAUGUGACGAGCACUGCAAGACCAUUACCACAAAUUAUUAACAAACUAAACGCGAUUGAAUCGGGUGAUAACGUAAAGAUAAAAAAACGAGAAAUAAUUGGAAAUGUGAAAAAGCCAAAAAUGGACACAGCUAUCUUGAAAAACGACGAACGUUUUUUAUUACUGGAGUCUCUCAAAUAUUAUGACUUCGUUUUAAAAAUUAGCAGGCCGGAUAAUAUUGUUCAAUUAGAGAAUGAAGAGCUUGUCACGAUUACAGGAUUAUUAAUGAAAGAAAACUGUCAAUAUAACGUACAAAAUGCGAACAAUAUCUUUAUCGAGGGAUACAGAGUCCAAGAAAGUGGUGAUGUUUUUCGGGCCCCAUGUUUUUCCCAACAAAUUGGCAUUUUUCUUGUAAAAAAUGGUCAAAAGCGAGUGAGUUCUUACCAUUAACUCAAGUGAAAUGUAAAUGUAUUGGGGUGGUCGUAGAAAACAAAGAAUACCUUAUUUCAUUACUGCAUACAAAAUUCGAGUAAGCUUGAUUAAUUGAAAAUUUCAAAAUGUUCGUUGUAAAUUAUUCUAUUGUCAACUUGAAAAAUUUUCAACCAAUUGGAUCUUAUGAAAAUGACUUCGUGAUCUCCUGAGAUAAAAAAUAACAUGAAAUAGAAGUGAAAUAAAUUAAUUUCAUCUUCCUUAAGGUGGAGGGGGAGAUUCCGAUUGAAGGGGAAGUGAGGGAGGGUACUGUGCGUUCUUAGUUACGGUGAGUAAGGCGAUGAGAAUACUUCUUCGUCUGUCGUCCUAGUCUUUGUUUAGUUCAGAAAAUUAUCAAUGCCCCCAUGAUUUUUAAAGAUUGCGAGUGAAAAUUUAAACCAAAAAUUGAGAACAGGCUGUGCCAUUUGUGAAGUGAAAUAACACCGGUUGAGGUGCUUAACGUCGUUGGAUUUUUCAGCCGCCAUUUGACUAUUUUGCCCGGUAACAGUUCCACGUGCCCUUCAUUAAUUAAGCAUGAGUGAUCCGGGAACAACGAAAUACCAUUAUUACCUUGUUGGUUUCAAAGGCGAAGCCAAUGCAGCAGGGGAAAUGUUAAUUGAAAUUGUCCCUAAAUCAUGGUUAAUAAUGGAGAGUGAGGAAGACCAAGAAGUUCAAUCUUACUACCCCCCAGAAGAAAAUUAUUGUAAUCUUCAGACAUGGCUAAAAGAAGAGAUUCCCCCAAAACGACGAAUUUGGAAAACUUAUCCCAUUGAAAUACUGGGUCACACAGUAACACUCGACAAAGCAUACAAGAAACUUGAGCGCUUGUAUAAGACUCGUUCAGCAACAGAAACAACAGAUUCCGAGGCAGGUAGUAGUCAAAUCCUUAAAUUCUCUAAAAAACGAGCUACGAGUAUGUUGAAAAGGACGUAUUCGCUCAAUCUACUGGAUGAUAUUCGUGAAGAAACAAAUGCACUUCCUGCCAAAAAAGCAAGAGUCAAUGAUUCGCCAGGGAGAGAUGGAUCGCAAAUUCCAAUCUCUAGUACACCCAAAGCUCAUUCUUCCCAGUCAAGCAAAAUAAGUCCAACAAAAGUGUGUAUAGCUGAUUACGUUGACGCUGUGGCUAUAAAAUUGUCUCACAAUUGGAAAUAUGAUUUACAUCUACUCCAAAGAAAUAUUCAACAUGAUAUGGGCACAAAACUCAACACCUUUGGAAAGAUUAUGCAAGCCCCCACCGUAGGGAAUAUAGUUACAUAUGCUGAAAAAUUGAGUAUGAGAAUGCCGAUGGAAACACCUGAAGAUUUUGAUAAGUGGGAGAGAAUGUUGGAUUUUAAGGACGCAGAAAAUAUUGAAGAAGUGAGAAAACGACGAGAGGCUCUGAUAAUAACUGAUUGUGAAAUUUGAUUUUCAAAUGGAAUUCAUGAAUGAUGAAACUUCUAGCUCCAAUGACUCUGUAAAAGAUAUCAAGGCGAUUAUGAGAGCCAUGACAAAAAGGGGGAUAUAGGUUUUAUACAGUGGCGUUGGUCGUGUCUGCGGGGGCAAAAGCAAGAAAAAUUUCAGUGCAACUUUCACCUAUGCUUGCAUGAGAGACUUUCUCACAGCAAAAUAUCGGAAAUCAGAGAAAGAGUUAAAGUUAUCAUCACACAUCGGUGAAUAUUUAUCAGGAGCACUUGAUCGUGAGGGAGGCUGUAAAGAGUGAAAAGCUCAAGCUCCAAAUCGGGAGACACCAGGAGCAUAGCAUCUAAACCAGACGUAUCAUUCGAAUGUUUUCUA